CUAACUUCAAUCGGUGAUAGCUCGUGUGAUUUUUUAUCGUGAGCUUCACAUCAAAGCUUCUUUUUGCUCCGAAGUUAUCCGUACGUACAGACAAGACAGUAAGGUACUUCUAAAAUCGAACCAUCAAAACAGUUACUUGGUUUUGGUUUUCUCUUCAAUCUUCUCUUCUCUUCUCUUAAUUAAAUAAUUCAAUUCGAGUUCAAAAUCUAAAGUUGAAUAACAUCAAAUACAUCACAAGACAAUAGCCAUCGAAAAGGAAAGCAAAUCAAAAUGGCACCACCAGCACGAGCCCUUUUCUCGUAUGUUUAUCUCUUGAUUCAUUCAUUCUUCUUCACCUCAUGUACUCGAUCUAUAACCUCACAAACUCCUCAAAUGCUAUAACUAUAAAAAUACCAUGCUAACUUCACAUCCACAGCCGUCAAAGAUUAAUCCUCGGUACUCUACUCGGUGGCGGAGCUCUCUUCGUCAGUAUGAAAUGGAAAGCAGUAAUGGAAAGAAGUGAAGCCGCAAAGAUCGCAGGAUCCCCACGAAACUUCGCAGUGGCUGCUGGAAGAAGUGGUAAGUCUAAUCAUCUUGAUUCUAUCAUUCCUUACUUGCUAACUAACUGGCGGUGAAGGUGGCGGUAUUUGAACAUCAAGAUGAAAUUCGAUUGAUGCUGGUCAAAGUUAUAAAUUGGGUUGACGUUGGUAUACGUGGGAUGAAUGGAUACGGCAUGGCAUCACAAUUAUGAUGGAUGAUGGAUGAUGAGCAUACAUAUACAAAUUGGCUGCAUACACAAAUGCAAUGAAUUAAAUUUACGAUAAGUCAGAGAAGACAUGAUAUGAUU